UUUGGUCACGAAAACGUCGCCACUUUUUCCAGAAGACUUUUAAAGUGCUUCUGAGGAAUGCCUCGAAAAAGAAGAUCUGAAGACGUCGACGCUAUGGUUAUUGCAACUUCUCCUAUCAAGAUAAAAGUUGAACAAUUCAUUGAAGAAACUUCAAGUAUGGAUGUAUAUAUUCCAGCACUUGACAGAUUUGCUGAGGAUACGUCAAUGCUAGGUUUCAGAUAUCUGCACACAAGAUAUAAAACAUGGUUUCGUGUACUUUGGGGAUUUGUCGUUGUAUUUUUUAUUGGAUUGACUUUUUAUCAAGUUUUCGAACGGGUCACAUAUUAUUUUAUCAAGAAUCCAUUGACUACACGAAGAAGUUAUGAGACACUUCCAAACAUGUAUUUUCCAACAAUUGGAGUAUGUAAUAAGAUGCAAAUAAAAGCAUCAUCUGUAGCAUCCAAAAACCCCGAUCUACUUCGCGGGAUGUGUAGUGUUCUAGACGAAAGCUCAUCAAACUCAUCGAGGUUUGAUGAGUUGGAUAAAUUUGAUGACGUGGAUAUUUUAUCAUUAUAUCGAAACUCAUUUCAAUCUGCUGAUGAUUUAUUUGUUAGUUGCGAAUUUGGAAAAAGUGGUUCUUGCCAAGAUGAGAUUCGUCCUAUUUAUACUCCCUUUGGUCUCUGUUAUUCUGUUUCGCCAAACAAAACUAUUCUAAGACCAGGACCUGAAACUACACUUUCUUUGGUUUUAAAUCUGGAAGUUCAUGAAAUUAUACCAGGAACAGUUGUUGAACCGGGUGUAGUUUUAUCAAUAUAUGAUGGAGCAAGUUCUUUAUCCCAUUAUUCUGAAGGAAUCCAUUUGGAAGCCGGAAAAGUCGUGACAAUUCCUGUGAAUGAAGUUCGAAAACUUCGUCUUCAUGAGAGUAGUUGCGGCUCAACAAAAAUGGAAUCAUUUUCCGAAAAAGAGUAUUCAAAAGCAGCAUGUGAAUGGUCCGUCAGUGUAAAGCAAAUUGAAAAAGAAUGUGGAUGCAUUCCAAUCAGAAAUCCUAUUUAUCGAGGAGUUUUUGAUAAUAAAAAUGAUCCACUCAAUAACUCAACUGAAAUUCCAAAGAAAAAAUACAAGAAAUGGAAGAAAAGAAAUAUCCCGAGAUGUACGUUGAGGCAAGAAAUCGAGUGUGUUCAAGAAAAAUUAAACAUACGACCUCACAUUGAUGACUCAAUUUGCCCUGACGAUUGUGACGAUAUUUCGUUUUCUUCUAUUGUAUUCGGAGGAAAGUUGAGUUCAUCUGAAAUAGUUUCCAUGCUUCCAAGUGAUUGGGAAGAUACAAAAGAAAAACGAGUAGCUGAUUAUCAAAAAGUCCUCGAAGUUAUACCAAAUAAAAUGAUUCCUGUUGUGAGAAAUGUUCAACAACUCGCGGAUGAGCUCCAGCUGUUUGUCAAGGAAGCAUCCGAAAUUUUUGGAGUUUCCGAUAAUUUCCAUGAUGUCAAGUGUCUCUCUUUGGAUGGUCGUACCUAUGAAAGUUUUAUCAAUCAAUUUUACUCUUAUGAACCAACAUGGGAAAGAAUAACCACGUAUCUUCAACAUUCUUUGGCCAGAGAACUCAACAGCACUGCUCUUUGUCUAGGACUAUUUUUGACUGAAAAAGGAGAAAUUGAUGAUACAGUAACACCGGUUGUAAACAUGACGCUGGCUUCAAUUUCUUUGUUACAACUCGGACAAAUUGAAAAUUCACUCGGAAAGGCAAACUUUAAUUAUGGAUUGACAAUGAUGCAUGAAAGCACUCGAAGAGUUGUGCUAGGAUUGGCCCAUCCACUGAUUACUGAAGUAAGAGACUGUGUUACCAAAAUGUAUGAAAAUCUGGAGAGAGUUGAAGAGAUUGCAGAAGAUUGCAGAAUUAUUUUCAAGAAUCGCUACACUCCACUUAUUGAAGCAUCUAACGUCCAUACAAAAACAAAUCCAAAUUCGGAAUCAUUUAAACUUUACACAGAAGCCAUGAAGAAAGUGUUGGCUAAACUGCAAAUAUUAAAAACAAGAGUUCGAAUGAGUGAAUGGAAAGAUUUUAAAAUUGAUUUAAAAGAAUUUGAAUCAUCGUAUCGAGAAAUAGCAAAAGACCAUGUGGAAAUUGAAGAAAUGCUAAAAUUAAGAAAAACUAUGGUUACGGAUAUUCCAGCAUUGGCGAAUGAAUUAUCAGAAACCUUUUUGGCAGCAACAGAAAGUAGAAGAAAGUUUGCAGUAUUGACAGGAAUUGCUGCAGAUGAAAGUUUCAGUGAUAAAUUUUCAAAUUUCUCGAAAUGUUUGGAUGAACUUCACGAAAAAGCGCCAAAUUUAAAGAAAACUCGAUUCAUCCGUGGCGAAUGGCUUUCAAGACUUCGAAACCAAGUUUUGAUGGCCCAGUCAUAUUCUCCAACUCCUCAAUAUGAUGUAGUAAAUCUUCUUCACAUCAAGUUCUAUUUUGCACACUUUAAACAAGAGACUAUUCUUCAAGAAAGAUCCUACAACUUAUUUUUACUUCUUGCCGAAAUUGGAGGAACCAUUGGAUUAUAUGUUGGAGCAACACUUCUAACUGCAGCAGAAACUCUUGUUUUUCUUUGUGAACGAAAGAAAAGUAAUAUAUUCCUAAAACCACAAUUUAUAUAAAAGUAUUCAAUGUA